AUGUCGUCAACUGGGUCUGCCGAAUGGACCGAUGAGAAUACUCGGAUUAUCGUGGAGUUGUUUGUGAAACAAGUGAAGGCUGGAAACAUGCCAAACACUCAUUUGACACCCAGUGCAUAUGAUGAGGUGGGAAAGGAGUUCUUGAUGAGAACUGGGCUUCAGUACACACCAAAGCAAGACCUUCCAGGUUGUGGCAAGUUCAAGAAGCAUGGACUCCGUAACGAAGAAGGCUUGCGCGUCUUGUUUGAGGAUAUCAGUGUUGAUGGCACUGACCAUUGGAACCCCGCAUCUGGUCUGCCUCCCCCCUCUAGUUCGGCAUUGAAAACAGCCUUGAAUGUUGACGAAAUCACCGAUCUUGAUUUGGAGGAUGAUAGUGAAGAGCAACCUUCUCCGACAGUAGCUAGUUCAUCUAAAGUGAGGCUUGGGGUCACGAUUCCAGAGAAGAACAAGAAAUCGAAGACUUCACAAGUGAUGCAAGAGGAGAUUAGAAAGAUUAGUUCUAUUGCCCAAGCUUCACACACAUCGUUUCAGUCUUUUCUACAGAAAGAUGAGACCAUUUCUGUUGCCUCUACCAUGGAUUUAGUUCGUGCUUGUGGUGCAACAGACGACACUGAUGAGCAUUUCAUUGCUAAUGAGCUCUUUCUGAAGAGAGAGCAAAGAGAGAUGUUCUUGCACAUGACAUCCGACUCUCGAAAGGGUUGGUUGCGUAGGAGGUUUGACCUAAAGUAUGGGAACUAGUUUGUUCUAUCUUAUCUUAGCUAUGGGAACAAUAUUUAUGCGUAUGUUGGUGAACCUAUUAUUAUCUUGUGCUAUCGGUACAAUAUUUAUGCCUAUGUUGGCGAACCUAUUAUUAUCUUGUGCUAUCGGUACAAUAUUUAUGCCUAUGUUGGCGAACCUAUUAUUAUCUUGUGCUCGGAACAAUAUUUAUGC